AUGAAGUACAAUGAUCUAUGUGUGGGUAACACUUUAAAAAGCAAGGGGGAGAUGAAACUUAUACUUGCAAUAGCCAAAGUAGAAAGAAAUUUUGAGUACAAAGCUUUUAAAUCCGACAGCCAGAGGUUUAUUGCCAAAUGCAAAGACAAGACAUGCGAGUGGCGUCUGCGAGCAGUUCCCUUAGAUUCUUGUGGGUGGUGGAAACUCACAGUUGCAAACGAUGUGCAUACUUGUGAAAGAAACAAAAGGACUGACCCUGAAUUAAGAACCAAAGCGGCCGCUACUGGAAUUGCAGAGCUUUUCAAGCACAAAUUCAAAGAACUAGAUGCAGCAUUUACGCCCAAACAACUGGGAUACAACGCUUGCAAGCGUGGUAUUGAGCUGAUCAAAGGUAGCCCUGAUGAAUCGUACCAACACCUCGUUGGUUAUAGUCACAUGCUUGGUGCUCGUAACAAGGGUACUGUUACCGAGAUUGUAACUGAUUCGGAUGAUUCUUUUCUAUAUUAUUUCUUUGAUUUUGGAGUAUGUAUUGAAGGAUUCAAAAACUGUUUCAGACCCGCAUUUUUGGUUGAUGGUACACAUCUUACAGGGCCUCGCCAAGGAGUUCUACUGUCAGCCAUUGGAAUGGAUCCCGACGAGUCGAUCUAUCCUAUUUCUUUUGUUGUUUUUGAUUCAGAGGAUAAUGAAUCUUGGGAAUGGUUUAUGAGAAAGUUAGUAGGAGUACUUGACGAUAAGUAUGCUAUGAAUGAAGAUGUUGUUGUGGCAACAGACAGGAACCCAUCGAUCGGUAGAGCCAUAAGGUUGGCAUUUCCUUGUGCUAAUCAAGUAUACUGCAUCCACCAUCUUUCAGAAAAUAUCAAACAGACCUACCACAACGCCACGGCUUCGGUGGCAUUUACAAGAGCUGCAAAAGCGUUUAGCAAUGAUGAGUAUGAACUUGCUAUGAGAGACCUAGGUUUAGUGAGCCCCGCUGCUUUAAAAUCUGUAGUGAAUCUUGGACCGGAAAUGUGGUCCAGGGUGAAGGCUAGAACAGGUCAUUUUACUCCCAUGACUACAAACGCCUGUGAAACUUUCAAUUCAAGAAUAAUUGAUGUUAAAGGUAUAAUCAAAGAACGGUGGGCUGUGGCAAAAAGGUUUGUGGCUUUCCAUGUCGAUGGGGACGAAUAUGAAGUGGACGAGGGUGACUAUGAAGAGCAGCACACCGUCUAUCUUGACCGAAGGUCUUGCACGUGCAAAGUGUUUGACUAUCAGCAUCUUCCGUGUCCCCACGUACUUGCAGUGUGUGAGACAUAUAAGAUAAAAGGAGAAGGCCUUUGUGAGGAAUAUUAUAAAACAUCGGUUUGGAGAUCUAUGUAUGAACCUAAAAUCUAUGGUGUGCUAAGCCCAGAAACUUGGGAUGUCCCAGCAGAGGUGGCAGAACGGGUGGUGCUUCCUCCAAAAACUACACCGGAAGUUGGUCGUCGGAGCAUCAAGAGGAAAUGGUCUGCCAUUGAAAAACUAGAAAGAAAAGAGCUUGUUCAAGGUGUCACCAGACAGGGCAUUAUGCUAACAUCAAACGUUGUCCCAAGGAUUAGAACUGGAGUGAUUUUUGUUGCUGACAUUUCUUACCUUGUUAUGUUUGUUUGA